AUGUCAUCCCUGCCAAGUGGUAAUGGCAACUGGAGUGCGGAUAUUAUUCGCACGGCCUCCAAGGUGGACGCAGUCACGAUGUACAAGGGACAGGCACAUGUACGGCGCUACGCGAAGAUAAAGCUGCCAUUCGACGACACCAUAAACACUUCUCCCCGCACGCCAGCGAAUACCCCGGUUGCCUCCACGGACGUUGUGGACCAAAUGAGUGUUCGUGACGUCACUGCCAAUACCAGGGACAGUAGUAAUAGUAGUGUCAAGGUGGAAACAGAUGCAGGAAGUUACCCCAGUGGAGUUGUAGAACCACAACGGCGCCUGGUUAAUGAAAAAAACAAGGAAGACUUGGAAGAAGAAGAAGUGGAGGGAAGGGAGGUGCACAUUUACUUCGCUAUGCCCCCGUCAUUUGAUCAAGACUCGGUGCAGGUUCGCUUCGAUGCGUACACUAGCGAGCGCGUUCUCGUCUGUGGGGUGUUCUUCGAGAACAUUGAAGAGGAUCCCGCCACGGACGGCAGCCACGAAGGUGUUGCCGAGGAUGCGCUGAAUGUGAAAAAGGAUCUCCGUACCAUGGAGGCGAAGUUAGAGCGGGUGGUAAGGAAACGGGCUGUGAACAAACUUCAGCAGGAGGAACUGAACCACGGGGUAGAUAUAGCCACGAAUUUAUUCGACCGCGCGUGCGGCCCCCUCACCGAUGAACUCGCUGACGCCCUGGUGACAGAUUUUUGGAAGAUGCAGAUUGACGGCGUGGAGGAACGGACACGACAGUACCUCAAAGAGAAGCGGCGGCUGCAGAGUGAGGACACGCAGCUGGAGAAGGAGGAGAUGGAUAUUGAACGUCAAAUCGAACUAAUGAACCGCCGUAUCUUUGAAGUUGAGGGAGAACGCAACACUGCUCUGCGGUGGUUAGAUAUACCAGACGUGGAGGCAACAAGUACGAGAGAGUCAUCGGCUUCCGCGGGUCGUCAUCGCUUUUGCUGUAUUGUGGUGAGAACAAUGGAAAGGAUAUUAGAGUCGACGGUGUUUGUGUUGUAUAUUUCGCACGAUGCCUCCUGGCGGUGUGAGUAUGAAGUUGCCCUAGACAGCCAAAAACGUGAGGUAACACUUCAGUACAAUGCUGUUGUCUCUGGCGGCGUGGAGGACUUCGAUGAUGUGGCCCUUACACUUUCUUCAGCGGCACCACGGCGUCAUGCCGGAAGGGGGGCCAAACUUAAGCCAUGGCGGCUAGAAGUCUCCGGAGUAAAUUCGUGUGGCACCUCCAGUACUGGUAAUGCUAAGGAGGGCAAACCCGCUGGGCCCUUCGGUGACGCUUCGGGUGAAAGCAGCGACAGUAGCGAUGACGAGCAAGAGCUACCGGAUGAACCUUGGAAUGUGGCUGGCAACGAAGAUGGACCCGGAGGUGUGAUGAACUUCACAUUGCCGGGUCGCUACUCAAUCCGGGCCUUGACUCGAUCUGCCGUGGACGCACAGACGGAGCUUCGAGUCCCCAUCGCCACCCGCCGCUGGGAGGCGGAGGUGAAUUAUGUUACUGUACCCGGUGUAUCGGAAGCUGCUUAUGCUACGGCAACGUGCACGAACGAAGGGACAAACGACAGUGAGGGUGCGUUACUGAUACUUGCCGGUAAAGCAUCUGUGCAGCUCGAUGGUGAUUUUGUCGCCAAUUCCAUGCUUGAACGCACCCCACCCGGGGAGAAGCUGAGAAUUUACUUUGGCGUGGACCCCAGCAUCGAGGUUCGCAGGGAUUUCCUCACCAAAAAGCACGAUGAUGCUGAUAAAUUUCUCGGAUUCAGUCUCCCCGGAUCCAACGGAAGGAGUCGCGUCACGUACUCCUACACCACUACGCUCACAAACAAAAAGCCGAUGGAGACUGUGACGCUAACGUUGCGGGAACACAUACCCAAGUCGGAUGACGAAGAGCUCGUCGUGCAGCUCAUUGAGCCUGCAAAUUACGCAGUUGACGACGAGGAAAAGAGACGGGGCUUCGAGACGGAAGGAGAGGUGAACAUCGAAGUUGUUCUUAAGCCUGGAGAGUCACGAAGAGUUGAUUUUUCCUUCGUGAUAGACGCCCCGCGCAAGUCCCGUAUAUACGGACUGUGA